CGGCAAUUUCCGACAAAUCCGAACCUUGAGAGAGUUACAUUGGGAGCUGUCAACAGCGGCUGGACUUCCUCUCAUUGUAGCCUUCACACCAAUCAACAUCAUCACAACCUUCAGAAAUGGACAUAAUUAAUCAGCUUGUAGCAUCUGGUACAUUUCGCGUCGCGAAGGAGCCUCUGGGGUUUCUGCGCCUCCUGGAAUGGAUUUUUGCAAUCUUUGCAUUUGCAACAUGUGGUGGUUACUCAGGAGCACUGAAAGUCAGUGUGGAUUGUGCAAACAAAUCAGAAAGUAACCUGAACAUAGAGAUUGGAUUUUCUUAUCCUUUCAGGUUACACCAAGUGUACUUUGAUGCACCCACUUGUGAAGAAAAAAAGCAGGAGAGGCUUUUUCUGAUAGGCGACUACUCUUCAUCCGCUGAGUUCUUUGUCACCAUUGCAGUCUUUGCAUUUCUCUAUUCGUUGGCAGCUACAGUGGUGUAUAUUUUCUUUCAGAAUAAAUAUCGUGAAAACAACAGAGGCCCUCUGAUUGACUUCAUUGUGACUGUGGUCUUCUCGUUCUUAUGGCUUGUGGGGUCAUCAGCUUGGGCAAAAGGACUCUCUGAUGUCAAGGUUGCUACGGAUCCUGAUGAAGUGCUUUUGCUAAUGUCAGCUUGCAAACAGCAAGGCAAUAAAUGCUUACCUGUUAGAGACCCUGCAAUGUCAGGAUUAAACACAUCUGUUGUGUUUGGAUUUCUUAACUUUAUUCUGUGGGCUGGCAAUAUUUGGUUUGUGUUCAAGGAGACUGGUUGGCACACAUCAGGUCAACGACACUCCCAAAGCACCAUGGAAAAGCAGCCAGCCCCAAGUGGAUUCAACCAACCUUACAGCCAGGGUUCAUCCGAUCAAGAAAGCUAUGGUCAAACUGGUGGAUACAACCAACAGAGCUAUGGACAGCAGCCAGGUUUUGGCCAACAAGCUUCCUAUGGCCAGAUUGGAGGAUACAGUCAGGGUGGCUAUAGCCAGCAUCCUCCAACUUCUUUUACCAAUCAAAUGUAACCUGCUCCAGCUGCAACAUUUGUGUGUUUUUGUCUGAGAUCUUCAUAGUGCCAAGUUUUCAGUUAGAGUUGAUUCACAAAAUGGCAUUGAGUAUUGCUAUGAUAUCAGUAAUGAGAAAUAUCAGUAGAAAGUGGCAGUAAUUUCAAAUGUUUGUUAAUAAUGGUGUCCAGGUGUUCAAAUAUUAAUAUGGUGAUUUAAGUAUUGAUGGUUACCAUAAGUAAAUUCUGCUUUAUAAAAUACCUCUGUGGUGAUUGUCUUUUAUAUGUUGUACUGAUAUAGUAAAAUCUGUUAAACUGUUGAAAUGCACUAAGUGUGCUUUGCUUGUACACUGUUUAUUCCUGCCAUCUGUGGUAGAUUCUCCCUAAACAAACAGAGGUAAGAUUGAAUUAAACAUUUUGCAUUUGGGUGAGAAGUAAGUGUCCCUUGCUGACUGUUAAAAUACUGUAUUGUAUUUAAAAAUAGCUUGUGCAUGAAGUUAUUGUACCUUUUACACUACGUGGCCUACUUUGAUGUGGUGAUACUUAAGAGCACCUUAUGUGAUGUUAGUAGAACCAAUAUGUCUACACUAGAAUGAAAUUUACCUUUGUAAGUUCACUUUUAAUGAAUGCAUUUUGUUCAAAAGUCUUUACAUGUUUGAAUGUAGAAGAUAUUUUGUUUAUGUAUCAGUAAAGAUUUGUAAAUGAGCUUAUUUUCAGCAUGCAAGUAUGUAUUUAUAAUAUCUAUUUCACUGCAGUAGUUAAAAUAACUGCAUCAGACAAUCCUAAAUUAUUGAAAAGAUCUUUACUAUGGAAAAUGCUUAAUUUUUAUGAAUGGAAGUACAACCAGCUUCUGCAACUUGCCACAGCUAUUUCUUUCAGUUAAUCCUUGGUACAGUCAGUCAUGUAGCUGCCUGCAAUGUUGUGUCACUGUGUCCGCACACUAAUGAAAUAGUGGUUGUAGAAAUACUGGAUUUAUAUCUGUGUAAAACAGUUAAUAUAUUAUGCUAGAUCUUUUGGCAGUAGCUACAGAUAUUAAAGCACAAAGCAACUAUUGUUCAUUCCUGUCUUUCUAACAUUUAGUACUGUGGUAUUGUGCUAAUGAUUGCAAAGUAGGUGUGUUAAUAUAUUCAAAGUAAUCUCUAGCAUACGUGACCAAAACCAUUGACCUGACAAUGUAAACCAGUUGACAAACCUCAAAAUCAGUUGCAUGAUUUACACAGUACAAUCUUAAUAAUCCUUAUGUUAUAACAACCUGCAUAGUGUGUUUCUUACCAGAUCCUAAUGGGCCAUGUUUGCUAUCAAAACAAUGGUAGAGUUACUGAUGGUGCUCAAAAUUAUUUACACAGAAAUGGUACAGCAACUUUAAAUGAGGGGCAAAUUUAUAUUUGAAACAAAAAUAUUUCAAACUGAUUUCAGAGUUCACCCUGAAAAAAGCACACAAUUGAAAUGCAUUGAACAUUGGUGUAUUUAUGCUAAACUUACUAUCAGAAGUUACAUCACGUCCAUUUCAGUCUAAGUUCCCCUUUAACAAUAAGGUAUUAAUUAAUCUCACGAUCACCCCACCACCUCCAUCCCAUUCCCCCACCCCCAACUCUAGACUGUAAUUUAUUCAGGUUUUAAUUGUUAGAGAUUAUUAUAAUUUUUUUCAAGCUAAUUUUUCAUUCUAUUUUUGUACCUGGUUUUGGUUGAAUUCAAUCACUUUAAUUUAUAUUUCUUUCUCAGUCUUCAUGUAAUUAACUGUAGAAUCCUUAAACCUGAUUGGUUCAGGAGAUCCAUCUUGCUUUCCCUGUUCACUCAGGUCCCAGGUACCAUAUAUUACUUUUUACGAUCAUAUCCGCUCAGACUUUAAGUGAUUUGCCACACAUAAAAUUUAAGGACUGAGAGGGUAAGUUCACUCUCUACAGCAAAAUAAACCUUACAUAGAGUAAAUAGAAAAGACCCAUAAUCUUUAGUAGAGGGGUUACAAAUCAGGAGGCAUAGACUUAAAGAGUAGAAGGAUCAGAGGAAUGAUGAGGAAAAUAUUUAUCACCUCAGGUAGGGGUGUGGAAUUUGUCAUCUGAAAAGGUGGUAGAGGCAGAAACCUACAGGGUGACAGAUUAAAUUUUGGAAGGUGGGAUCAGACUGGUAUUUCUUUUUCCACAAUGGGUUGAACGGCCUCCUGUGUUACAGGUUUUCCAUGAUCCUGAUGUUUUGAUUUUGUUCCAAUUCUUUCAUCAUGAGCAGAAUAUUGAACCUUCUUCUAAAGGAGGGUAUUAUACUCCACCCAGACCAAAGUUGCCUGAAAUGAAUCAGAAUUUUUACCAGUUACAUUAUUUAGUUUGUACCAUCAUAACAUUUUAAUAAUCCAACAAAAAUACAAAUUAUUUGGCUGAAAUUUUUUUAGUUAAUUAAUUUACAGUUUCAGAUAAAAUUUUAAACGUAAGUGACAAUUUUUGUGUUGGUCUCAUCAAAGCCUCUGGAUACAGUUCUUUAAAAAAGCUGAACUGUGUACUCGUCUAAUGCUUAAUAUCGGUGUAUAGCAACAAUAUUAUUGUUUGAUGUUUGUAUCUGGAUAUGAUUCCUUUGUUUGUUACAAGUACAGUACAUUGUGAUUUCCACUUUAAAUUAUCAAAUUAAAGUACGGUACUGCAUUCAA